CUUCCAUCUUCCUGUACCUCAAUCUCUAAUUGGUCUUUCGACUAGUCCUCUUUACUAGAUCAUCAGAGUCAAACCCAAAUCUUACCAAAUCUAACCCAAUCAGUUUCUAAAAAAACAAAGAUAGGGAAGAGUUUGUAUAGCCUUCAAUUAAACUCUAGUAAACUCCAUCUUCUACCUUUUGCUGGUCUAACGGUCAAUAUUUAGGAACUAACUGGUAUCACUGAACCUUUCUCUCUAAAAUCACUCAAGCUCGUGGAUUGGAUUUCAACUUGUACUGCGUUUCCCCUGGAUUGAUUAAAUUCAGACUCAACUAAAUUUGAAACUGUUUUAAAUUUUAAAAUUUUAAUCCCAAAGUAUCUUUUUCCCCCUGACAACACCUUUAUCAUCUCACUCCCCAUCCCUUUUGCCACAUCUCACCUUUGUUCGUUUCAAAAAACCUGUUCCGUCACACACACUCCCUUUCUCGUUGAUCCUCCUAUAGAUCGUCAUCUAGGCUUGACAUUCGACACAACUUUCUCCUUCUCUACUACCCUUGACCUUUCGAUUCUUGGCGAUGACUUUCCUACCUUUCUCUGUUUCAUCAAACAAUUCCAACUUUCCCGUCGACUUCGAUGACCCAUAUCGAUCUGGAGCCGUGAGUCAAAAUCCCAUUGGGAUAGGUCUGUCUGAGGAUGACGGGUUCGAAAUCUUCGACCCUCGUGGUCUUUUCUCUCCUCGUCGUCGAUUAUCAGCAGAUGACGCUAGAUUCAAUAACGAACAAGCAGAUCAAUCACCACCACCUGAACUCUCACCAUCAAAACCAACUUCAGUCUUAACUUCAUUCACAUCACCUACCUCAAUCACCGCUUCAUCUUCUGAUCAAUUCGACCCUCCUUUACUUCUUCAAUUCAAUCAAGCCGCUCCCAAAUCAUCACUCUCUCCUCGACCUUGGUCUCUGAUCACCAACCCAGUCUCUGAUGAUCUCACCUCUUCUCCCACAACCGACGGUUUCAUUGACGUCACUGCACUCGACCUUCAAUCCGAGUCCAUUCAGCCAAAAACCUUUGACGGCGGUGGCAGUGGGGACGUCAAUUUUAACAGCCCAAUCGAUUCUUGUCCGGUCUCGCCUUGUAGCUCCUUACCGCUCGACAGGUCGCGAUCUGGUAGCAUGAACCAAGAAUCGCCUUAUCCAGUCUAUUCACCUCCGAUGAUUCCGAGAGGUAGAUCUACCCUACGUCGGUUCGUAUUUGAAGCACGAUCUUCCCUACGAUCUUCUUCUUCGCCCGACCCGAAUCAGUCUUCUUCCACAGCUAGCAUUGCUGCCGUACAGCCAACCUCCCAGCCGCAUGCAUCACACCAAACGCACUGCCAUCAUCAUCGGCCCACACCCAUCGUGACAUGCCGGCCUCCAUGUGGCACUCGUGAUACAUCUCUACCCACCAGGUUGUAUCACGCCAAGUCCCCUGACGAUCUCGCAGCUUCAGUCUCGUCGAUGGCGUAUUCUGAAAUGGCCUCUUCUCCAGCGGUCGACUUCCUUGCCUCUUUCGCCGAAUCUACUGUCCCAGUCAAUCGAAACACUCAGCAUGGUCCAGAUCACAAUUUGCUGGGUCUACUGGACGAAGGCGAUGAGGUCGCGGGUCAUGUUCUCGGUCCCAUCAUCGGCCGCGGCGGCUUUAGCAUCGUGCGCGAAGCUACCGUGAUUGAAACCUGCGAGAAGGUUGCUGUGAAGAUUGUCCGACACCCCGCUCAAAACACCGUCAGCGAUUGCGCGGUCGAUCGAUCCAAGAGAAACCUCACAAGCUCUAUGAAUCCUGCCUCGGGUCAAAUGCCUGAACUUCAUCAUCAUUCUUCUUCCUUCCGAGAUCGUUCCAGCUCGACCCCAGUCCCAUAUGAAUCCCACCUUGUCAAAUCUACGCAUUUGCCGCUGCCUACAAGUGUCACCGAAUCUCUGGCUGCUGCCCUUCUCAAACGUGAGAUUGACAUCUGGUCAUCGCUGAAGGAACAUCCUCACUUGGUCUCACUUCUCUCGCUUCAUAGAGCUCCUCAUCAGACCCUGAUCUUUAUGCCGCUCUGUAAAGGUGGUAACUUACUUCAAAUGUUGAAUGACGUCAAGAAACAGGAUGAACAUUGUCAAAACCCGUCAGGAGCAAGCCCGGACAACCCAGCUCAUCCGCCUCCUCAAUUGAUAGCGGAUUUGUCUCGCGAUUGUCCGUGGUCUGAAGUACCUCCAUCUCGAAGCUGGUGUAACUCAUAA